AUGUCUCAAUUCACAGAGCAAGAGUUCUUCGGCGGAGCCAUUCGAGGCGUCGUGCCACAAGGCUGGAUUGAUUCGAGUACUCUCCGCGAGGUCCCCGACCACCAAGAGCUCUGGCUCUCACCAACCACACUCUCCAACCUAAUCAUCGAGAUCAACCAGCGUGUCCCGCAAGCAGAAGCUCUAAGCACCUUCGCCGCGCUCGACCACCAGCAACCAACCACCGCCCCAGGCAGCGGCAGCGCAGCAUCCGCAACGACAGAAACAGUCGACCAAGCCGCUGCCCUGUACCACCUGCACGAUCUCUGCGACGAAGGUGACACCAUGCAGGUUAUCAAAUCGCCCACGCGCGUCGAAGUCCAGCUUGCUUCUUCCUCGCCUUCUCCUGCCACUAUCAAGGCGUAUCGCGGCGUUGUCUCCUUCACGACCCCCGCGCGUGGCGGCGGCGGUCGUGUCCCUGUCUCUGUUGAUGGGUCCGCUGCUGGUGUUUCGGAUUCUGGGGUGCUGGGUACGCAGAUGAAUGGGGUUUCUAGUGGUUUGCCGCAGGUUUCGAGGUUGACGUGUCAUUUCUUGCUUGUUAGACUUGAGGCGCAGGAGACGGAUUUGUUGGUCUUCUUUAAUGUGCCUCAUGAGGAGUUUGAUAAGAAUGGGGACCCGAGGGGUUUGUCGCUUGAGGAGGCGGUUGCUGAGGAGACUAUUGGGGCUUUGAUUGGGAGAUUGCAGAUUUGUGAUUGGGGUCUCUUCGUUUAG